UAAGACAUGCAACUACUGUUUACUUUGCUCCUCUUCUUCCACCUAAAUUAUGUCAUACCAACGGAGAAUAGGCAGUCGCCUAUAUGCCUGGCAUGUUGUUUGAUGCACUUGCAGACUGCCGUACGCACAUGCCCUGCUGACGUUAGUGCGGCCAAUUAUGUUGGAUGUCGAAACCAUGCAAUGGAGACGUGGCUUACAUGCGUGUCUUUGUGCCCGAUGAUUUCUAGAAGAGUUUAAAUAUACUUCUUGUUCAAAGAGGAAACCUUUGUUUUACAGCCAUAUAGUUCCUAGCAGAUAUUGCUAUACA